AGUGAAACCGAGUGAUGAGGAUCAGCUGACCGCGAGGAUCGGUCGGGCUGUAGCUGAACGGUAAAAACGUUUCUCAGUUCAGAGAAUUAAAAGUAAAAACACCGGACACCGACAUGCCGUCGCUUCUGUUCUGCGGGCCGAAGAUGGCUGCCUGCGGAAUAGUGAUCAGCAUCUGGGGGGUCAUCAUGCUGGCGAUGCUGGGGAUCUUCUUCAGCGCGAAGUCGGCCGUGCUGAUCGAGGACGUCCCUUUCACAGAGGACGACAUUCGCAACGAUAAAAAUCCUCCUCAGAACAUCUACAGUCUCUACAACCAGGUCGGCAUCAACUGCUUCAUCGCCGCCGCCAUCUACGUGGCGGUGGGCGCCGUCUCGCUCUGCCAGGUCCGACUCAACAAGCGUCAGGAGUACAUGGUCACAUAAGGAGCUGCAGUGAGGACCUGACCUCUGACCUCAGCAGCUGGAGGUCGUCCUCUGUCCACACAGUUUACGUUACAGGUGGUGGUCAGGCAUCACCAGUUAUUUAUUUUCAAGUUGAAACCUUCCAUGUGUUUGUCGCCUGUUGUUGUUGUUGUUGUUGUUGUUGUUGUUGGAUGAAGUGUUGCAUCAUUCCUUUGACACUUUGGCUUCAGAGAUCCUGCAUGUCACAUUUAUUUCCUGGAUUUAAAUUAACGAUUCAAACAUGAGAAAUAAAUUCAUCUUCAGCUGAAGCAGGAAACAAACGUUUAAACAGACCGAGUCAGUUUCAUCAUUUUAUAUCUUCUGUGUUUAUAAUCUUUAUUUUCUGAGCAGAAGAAACUCGGUGGAACCUGCUGAAGUCGACGCGUCGCUGAAUAAAUAAAAAGUUUAAGUGUGAACAUGUUUGUUUUUAAAGCCACUGGCUCAAACUCAAAGUGUUUCUGUGACAAAACUGUUAUGGUGGAUGUUCCUUUGCAAUAAAGUGUGUGUAAAACAA